AUGGCCACUGCGUCCAAGGCGUUUCGAGCCCGGGCCUUCGACUCGAACCGGUCUAUGACUGUCUAUUGGGGCCACGAACUACCGGACCUGGCAGAAUGCAGCGUUGGGAACCGGGCCGUCACUCAGAUGCCCACCGGCAUGGAGAAAGAGGAAGAAAUGGAAUCCCAUCUACAAGAUGCGAUACUUGCACAACAAGCGAGUACAUCGGGUGUCCAAGUGAAUCAUGUCAUUCCAACGCCGAAAGUCGAUCAUGUUGAUCACGAUCGCUACCAUUCCACAUAUCAUAAUCGUAAUCUGAAGCGUCGAGACAAAUAUAUCAAAGUUCAUGCCUGGCAACAACUCGAACGAGACGAACCAGAAUAUGACUAUGACACAGAAGACGAGGAAUGGCUCGCCGAUCAUCAGCACAUUGAGCCGCGAAUUCUGGAAAAGGUAUUCGAUACGGUGGAGAGUCAUUCGUCAGAAACACAGAUUGCCAGCGAGGAUUCAGUGAUAAAUUUUCAUAAAGCCCUGGACUCCUCUAUUGUGUACGAAGUAUACGAGUAUUGGUUGGCGAAGCGGACAUCAGCAGCGACGACUUCUGGAUGCAUUGGUGUCGGUGGACUGAUUCCGAAAGUUAGAACAGAGUGUCGAAAGGAUGGACAAGGAGCUGUAAAUCCAUACGUGGCGUUCCGUCGACGUGCCGAAAAGAUGCAGACGAGAAAGAAUCGUAAAAACGACGAGGAUAGCUAUGAGAAGAUACUGAAACUCGUACAUGAUAUGUCGAAAGCACAACAAUUAUUCGAUAUGACUACUCGACGGGAAAAACAGAAACUCGCGUUGAUCGACGCGGAAUCUGAGAUUUUGUUGAAGAGAAUGGAGAUGGCCGACUUUGGACUCGCCAACGCCUACAACGAAUUCACGGAGAAGAUUCGGGCGGCGGAAGAGGAAGCGGCUGCGGCUGCUGCUGCUGCUGCUGCCGCCACGGCUUCUUCAAAACCACUGUCAGAAAUCAACGGAACAACGGAAGACGGUGGUGUGCCGAAGAAGAAGAAGAGAAUCAGAAGGAAAGUUGGCGACAAGGAUCUCGUCUCAAAAGCGUGGCUCAAAAAGAACGCGGAGAGCUGGAAUCGGGUGCCGACGCUGUUCGCACAGAAUGGAGUCGCCCCGACGGUCACAACGAAACCAGUUCGGGAGCCACCGGCAGAUGGAAAAUUCGCGUUCAAACGGAGACGUGGAUGUGUGUAUCGUGCUGCGUUGCCAUCUGUUAACAUCUCGAUCAUCGCAUCUGUCUCGUCCUCCUCCGUGGUGGCGCCAGCUCCGGCUCCAAUUUCAUCAGCUCCUUCUACAACUACAGUACCAUCUACCCCUGUAGUUGCGAUCCCUCCGCCGCCACCUCCUGCUCCAACUCAGCAGCCGACUGCAAAACUCGCCGAACCCAAUCAAAAGUUCUACGACACUUUCCUACCAACAACCAGUGGAAAGAUGCGUUCAAUUGGAUUCGCACGUCGACGUAUGGGACGUGGUGGACGUGUCGUAUUCGAUCGUCUACCGAAAAGCCGUGGAGAGUCGUUCGCCGAUCCAUGGGCUGAGUAUUGUGUGGCUGAUAGUUCAAGAACAUUCCGUGCUCGUCAAAGUUCGCUUGGAACAGAAGAGGAGACGGAAGAGUUGAGUCCGAAAUCGUCGUACUUUGCUCGUAGUAAUCGGGUCACAUUUAACGAUGAUCAUACUGAACGGGAAUGGUUUUCAAGAUAUCAAUCUUCAUUGUGGAUGGAUACAGUGGAUGAGCCAUCUGAAAAAUUUGACGAUCUCUCAAAAACCCCAAAAACACCAGUUACUGCAAAAAACGAAGUGUCAUCUGCAAUGUUGGUGGAAAAAGAAGAGAGCAAAAUGGAUAGUGAUGAUAGUGAAGUGGAACGAAUGGAUGUUGACGAAGAACAAGAAGACGAAGCACAGAUUACUGUAACAUCUGUAACGAAAGAGUUGGUGAUCAAUGGGAAAGAGACGACAGAUGACGACGGAGAAGGAGGCGAUCGUUUGGAUUCUGAUGAUAGAAAGAAUGAGGAUGAUGAGGAAGAUAUUGAUGUGGAUGAGGAGAAAGAGGAUAAGGUACGGCACAUGAAUGGAGGAAAACUCAAACCGCUUCAAGAGCACUCGCCACCGCAUUCGGGAAACGGAAGAGCGGACAGAGCGGAACCGACGCCGGUUCCGGCGAAGAUGUGCGGAACAGUAUCGGACUCUGACGAUUGGAGAGAGCCAAGCGGAUCACCUUCUGAAUCGAACUCGUCAACCGACUGGGGUAAUUUCACACGACGGGAACAGGAGCAACAACAACACGUCGCCACCGCCGUCGUUGUCGCUUUCAACGAGAAAUUGAUGAUGAAGGAGGAGCAGCGUCGUAAUGUUGAUAAUGAUGAGGAUAUUGAUGAGGAAGAGGACGAAGAGCAACGAUCACCGCCGGCAAGGGAGCAUUCCAUCAAAGAGUUCCUCGAUGUCAACGGUAACACUGCUGGAACGGAGCAAAAAGUACAUGAUGCCUUCGACAAUCGGAAUAUAGUCUGA